AUGAACGUUUACUACGAGGAACGAGCAAGUGCUGGACUUCUCAUCGCCGAGUCCUGUGCAAUCUCCGAACAGGGGUAUGGGUGGUGGGGUACCGCGGCUUUGUAUAACGACCAGCAGCAAGCCGCAUGGAAGCGGCUCUCGCACCCGUCCUUCAACGCCAAGCGCGAGGUUGUGUCGGCGUCCGCUACCCGACUGGAGAACAGCAUCACUCGCGACGCCAAUGGUAACCGCGUCGAGUUCGAGGCGGCGCGUGCUCUUGAACUGAACGAGAUCGCGGCGAUUGUAGAAGACUACCGCAAAUGUGCCGAGAGGGCCAAGACAGCCGGCUUCGACGGUGUCGAGAUACACGGCGCGAACGGAUACCUCGUUGACCAGUUCCUGCAGUCAAGCACUAACAAACGAACAGACCAUUACGGCGACUCGUAUGAAAACCGCUACCGCUUCCUCGACGAAAUCAUUGAGGCGGUGAAGACGGUGUACCCGGCGGACCGCAUUGGCGUUCGUGUGGCGCCGAACGGCGUGGGCGGCGGUAUGGGCAGCCACGACAACUACGAUAUGUUCAUGUAUGUGUUUAAGGAGCAGAGUGUGCACGGGCUGGCGUACUUGGCGCUGUUGGACGGCGAGUUCAUCGGUGUGACAGACAAGUCCACGUCGUUGACGGUGUUCGACGCUAAGAGGGUGUUCGGAGGCAGGGAUCGGACAAAUUAA